UCCCCAGAAGGGGGAAGAAGAAGGAGGCGGCGAGGCGAGAGGCGCCUUCCGGGGCUCCCGGGCGGAGAAAAGGCCGCCAUGGCGAUGCCAGCCAAUGCCCAGACGGCCAGCAAGACCUGGGAGCUCAGCCUCUACGAGCUCCACCGGACGCCGCAGGAGGCCGUCAUGGACGGGACGGAGAUCGCCGUCUCCCCUCGCAGCCUGCACAGCGAACUCAUGUGCCCCAUCUGCCUGGACAUGCUCAAGCACACCAUGACCACCAAGGAGUGCCUCCACCGCUUCUGCUCAGACUGUAUCGUCACAGCGCUGCGUAGCGGGAAUAAAGAGUGCCCGACGUGUCGGAAGAAGCUGGUCUCCAAACGCUCCCUGCGGCCCGACCCGAACUUCGACGCGCUCAUCUCCAAGAUCUACCCAAGCCGGGACGAGUACGAAGCCCACCAGGACCGGGUGCUGGCCAAGCUCAACCGUCUCCACAACCAGCAGGCCCUUCGGAGCAGCAUGGAAGAGGGACUGAAGAUGCAGGCCAUGAACAGAGGCCAGCGGGUCCGGAGACACCCUCUGGAGUCAGACAACAACACCUUCAGCGGCGCGGAGGACAACUGCGACAGCCGGUCGCACCUCAGCAACGCCUCCGCCCCCAGCCAGCCCGAGGCCGGGCCCAGCCGCAAGCGGUCGCGGGCGUCCGACGAGUCGUGCCCGGAGCCGGAGACCUCGCACGAGGGAGGCCGGGGCAGCCCCGAGCCGGGGGCCGAGGCCAGCAGCAGCGAGAUCGAGCUGGUCUUCCGGCCCCACCCGGUCCUGGUGGAGAAGGGCGCCUACUCUCAGACCAGGUACGUCAAGACCACGGCCAACGCGACGGUGGACCACCUCUCCAAGUACCUGGCCUUGCGCAUCGCGCUAGAGGAAGCCCCGGGCCCGGGUCCAGAAGCCCCUGCCCUGGAAGACGUGAGCGAGAAGCAGUACACCAUCUACAUCACCACAGCUGGGGGGGCCUUCACGACGCUGAACGGAUCCGUGACCCUGGAGCUGGUGAACGAGAAGUACUGGAAGCUGAGCAAACCUUUGGAGCUGUAUUAUGCACCCACCAAGGAGCAGAAAUAGUUGCUGGACCCCCGGAACCUUUGGACGACAGCAAGCGUCUGUGUGUGUGUGUGGACUGAGUGGGGGGCGUCAGCAGCUCCACCCUCGGGGGGCUCUGCGAGAGGACCUGGUAGAAGGCGGCGCUUGGCCCACAGGCAGGGGGGCGGGAGUGCCCAAAUGCCCCCGCUUGAAUGGCUGCUGCUGCUGCUUCCUCCGCCCCCCCUAAAAGAAAUCUGGCAUUCCCCCCCCUCCCCAACCCAGCAAAGACUUGUCUCCUCGGGGGUGGGGGUGGGCGGUGCCCCUGUCCUUUUGUUUCUCUCCCCCCCCCCCCCCGGCGAGUGACUGCUUUCUCCCCAUGCGGGUGG